AUGGGAUCUAACGAAUGCCCCUACAGCCGCCAGAACGCCAACAUUGGCGGCGGCGGCCAAAACAACCGGGACUGGUGGCCGGACGAUCUCAAACUGAACAUCCUUCGUCAGCACAACUCGGUCUCUAAUCCCCUGGAUAAGGGCUUUGACUAUACUGCCGCGUUCAAUAGCCUCGACUACUUCGGACUGAAGCGGGAUCUGGAGGCACUCAUGACAGACUCCCAGGACUGGUGGCCGGCCGACUUUGGUCACUAUGGCGGACUCUUUAUCCGCAUGGCCUGGCACAGUGCUGGAACGUAUCGCGUCUUUGACGGUCGCGGCGGUGGCGGACAGGGUCAGCAACGCUUCGCUCCGCUCAACAGCUGGCCGGAUAACGUCAGCUUGGACAAGGCUCGUCGUCUCUUAUGGCCCAUCAAGCAGAAGUACGGAAGCAAGAUCUCAUGGGCUGACUUGCUGAUUCUCGCCGGGAAUGUCGCCCUUGAAUCAAUGGGGUUCAAGACCUUUGGGUUUGCCGGUGGCCGAAGUGAUACCUGGGAAGCAGACCAGUCGGUCUUCUGGGGAGGCGAGAAGGAAUGGUUGGGUAAUGAUGUCCGCUACUUGAACGGAGAACUCGACAACCCGCUUGCGGCAUCACACAUGGGUCUUAUUUACGUUAAUCCAGAAGGACCCAACAAGAACCCCGACCCGGUUCUCGCGGCCAAGGAUAUCCGCAUCACCUUUGGUCGAAUGGCCAUGAAUGAUGAGGAGACUGUUGCCCUGAUUGCUGGUGGACACACGUUCGGAAAGACGCACGGCGCGGGCCCUGCAACCCAUCUCGGCAAAGAACCACAUGGUGCGGGUAUUGAGUUACAAGGCCUAGGCUGGGAGAGCGGCUUCGAGUCUGGGACCGGGCGACAUGCUAUCACCAGCGGUCUGGAGGUGAUCUGGACCAAGACCCCUACCAAGUGGAGCAACCAGUUCUUUGAGUACCUGUUCAAGUACGACUGGGAGCUCACCAAGAGUCCUGCUGGUGCCCACCAGUAUGUGGCAAAGGGAGUCGAGCCCUUCAUCCCGGAUCCGUUCGACCCCAGCAUUAAGCACCCGCCCAGGAUGCUGACAACUGACCUGUCACUCCGCUACGAUCCGGAGUACGAGAAGAUCUCGCGUCGUUUCCUCGAGAACCCGGACCAGUUUGCUGAUGCGUUUGCACGCGCCUGGUUCAAGCUUACUCACCGUGAUGUCGGUCCUCGAGUCCUCUACCAGGGGCCAGAAGUACCAUCUGAGGUCCUCAUUUGGCAGGACCCUGUGCCGCCACUGGACCACCCCGUCAUCGACAAUGAUGACAUCGCCACUUUGAAGAAGGCAAUCCUAAACAGCGGGAUAAGCCAUACUGAUCUCUUUUCCACCGCUUGGGCCUCAGCUUCGACCUUCCGUGGAAGUGACAAGCGCGGUGGCGCCAAUGGUGCUCGCAUCCGUCUGAGCCCGCAAAAGAACUGGAAGGUUAACAGCCAGCCGUGGCUGAGCGAAUCCCUGGCAGCACUUGAAAAGAUUCAGAAGCAGUUCAACGACGCACAGUCCACCGACAAGCGCGUCUCCUUGGCCGAUUUGAUCGUGCUUGCCGGAGCUGCUUCUCUGGAGAAGGCUGCCCGCGAUGCUGGCCACAAUGUCUCCGUCUCCUUCACACCCGGUAGAACAGAUGCUACCCAGGAGCAGACCGAUGUGGACUCGUUUAACAACCUGGAGCCCAUUGCCGAUGGCUUCCGCAAUUACGGCCGAGGAACGCCUCGUGUGCUCACCGAGGACUUCCUCAUUGACAAGGCGCAGCUGCUCAACCUCUCUCCUCCAGAGCUCACCGUCCUUAUCGGCGGUCUGCGUGUGCUGAACAACAACUACGACCGUUCCAACCUCGGUGUCUUCACCAAACGCCCCGGCCAACUCACCAACGACUUCUUCGUCAACCUACUGGACAUGGGUGUUCAGUGGAAGCCGGCAGAUGACACCAACGAAAUAUUCAUUGGCAGCGACCGUAAGACUGGCCAGGCAAGAUGGAAGGCUUCUCGGGCGGAUCUCGUGUUUGGUUCUCACGCUGAACUGCGUGCGAUCUCUGAGGUAUAUGGCAGCUCUGACGGAGAAGCCAAGUUCGUCAAGGACUUUGUGGCAGCAUGGGAGAAGGUGUCGAACCUGGAUCGAUUUGAUCUCAAACAGACUGGGCUUGCUCAACGUAUCAAGCCUCAGUUGUAG